UAUGACUGAUCGUCUAUCGGUAAAAGCUUCGAUUCCAUCUGAAUUAUUAUCUAUUCUUCUUAGGGAUUACUCAUUAAGAUUAUUUUAUUAGAAAAAACCUAAAUUAUGAUAUUUUUUGAAAAUUAGAGACUAUUUUUAUUUAUGACAUUUGAAUUACUUGUCUUUAUAUUAAGAAAAAAAAUUAAAUUAUUGAAGAAAGAGAGAGAAUUGUAAGAAAAUAAUUUAAUUAUUUAAAUAAGUAAAUAAAAAAGGUUAGGACAAAUCCCAUAACCUUUCCCUUCUUCCCCGCCACUCUGUCUUGUCUACUGUAACUGGCGUCGGAAAUUGUGGUAUCUUUGACCUAAUCACACUUUCUUUCUGAUGCCUUCUACCUCAGGGGUAUGUAAGCGAUUUGAUCCAAUUGGGUCGUAUGAGGUUUUUGGUUUCUUUAAUUGAGAGUCGGAAGCCGGUAAGGCUGUUCAUGUAUAGCUAUAGCAUCUUUCUACGCAGAAAGAGAUUUUUCGCAGAUUCAAAGAGGAGCUAAAAAUAUCAGUCACUUCAGGUUGGAAUUCAGCAGGUGGGUUGGACAAAAUUGAUACUUUGACUGGAAGUAUUGUGCUACCCCUGUCUUUUGGAUCUGUGAAGUUUGGGAUAAGAGCAAAAAGAGGGAUACUAUGGCUGAAGGAGAGGAGCUUAUUCAGCUUAAGUUCCGAAUGUUUGAUGGAACAGAUAUAGGCCAUAGUACUUAUUCAUCAUCUACGACAGUUGCAACUCUUAAGCAAAAGCUAGUGGCGGAGUGGCCAAAAGAUAAAACAAUCGUACCAAGGUCAGUAAAUGAUGUAAAACUCAUACAUGCUGGUAAAGUUCUAGAGAACAGGAAGACACUUUCUGAUUCAAGAAUAACAUUUGGCAACGUACCUGGUGAAGUAAUUACUAUGCAUGUCCUGGUACAGCCCACUCAACUUAAAAAGAAGUCAGAUAAAAAUCAGGAGGACAUGCAAAAGAUUAAUUCAUGUUCGUGUACAAUUCUUUAAACCAGGGAAACAUUUCUUUUUUCGGCUGCCAUUGCCCAUUGAUUGCAUUUUUUUCCUCUCUAGGAAAACCCCCUCUUCUUGGCAUUGAUGGGGUUCUUCUCCUGGUAAAGCAAUAUAUAAUAAUGAUUCUGAGAAACAUAUAUGCGAGUAUUCAUGAUGAUUAAUCUGAAUGAACUUGAGAGUUUCUUCCAUGAUGUUCUGGUACUUUGAUCAAAGCUGUGCAAGUGUUUUUAGUUGUGUGCGUAUAACGUAGCAUAUUACCCUUUUUGUAAUUUGUACUAUCAAUACUUUGAUAGUGCGAGAAAGCCUACUUGAUUUUCUUUUGUAUAGACUGGAAUCUUUAGGCUGAAAACGUAAUCAGAUUCUCUUGCCAAUUACUAACUUUUUGUCAUAAUGAUUAUAUGCCCACAGAAUUGUCAGACCA